AUGAAGAUCUCCUGCCCCGUCUCCUGCUUCCUCUUGCUGAGCUUUGGUGCCUGUUUCCCUCCAGAUGAGGGCCGUGAGUCGAGGUACCCAGGAAGAGGAGGAUUCCGAGCAGCAGAGGCGUGGCCCGGUCUCCCCAGGGUGGCCGAAGCCCUCAAGUGGCGCCGUUCGCCCGAGGACCUCCACUCCCCAUACGCCAGCAUUGCCAAAGGGCUUCUGCAAGGCGUCGGGAAGGAAAGACCUGGCGUCCGGUUCCAGAGGCAGCAGGUUGGCCAAAGCGAUGAGAGCGAAGCUGUCAACUAUCUGCCCCAGGAGGAUGGGCAGAAAAGGGGCGGCACCUUGGGGAGUCUUGCGGAGGAGCUGAACGGCUAUAACAGAAAGAAGGGCGGGUUCAGCUUCCGCUUUGGAAGGGGGAGGAGAACAGCAGCUUUUUUCUGA